CUCGUCCUUUCUCGGGAUCGGCCCUCGGGCGGCGGUGGAGGAGUGGGCAGCCCGGAGCCCCGCGGAUGGAGGGGUCGGAGAGGAGGGAGGCUCCCGGCCGGGGGGCGGGGGCCGAGGCGCGCCUGGAAGGGGAGCUGAGGGAGAGGCGUGGGAGACCUCGGCGCGGGGAUCGCGGCCGGGCUGCGGGGCCGCUCUGGGAGGCCGAGGGGCGGCCGGGGAGCCGGCACGAUUGCGGACGAGGGCUGAGUUGGGAAUGGAGUGGAGAUGAUGCAGGAUGGAGGGCAGCGAAGGAAGGGGAGGGGGCAGGGGAAAUGGAGGAGUGGCUGGGAAUCGGUGAGGAGCGGCAGGAAGGGAUGGGGAGGCUGGUGGGGCUGCAGAAGAUCAGAAUGAGCGGGAAGGUGAGCAGUCGGGAAGAAAUGCCAAGCUCGCGGGUUCGGCGAGGGUGUCCAUUAGGAGAACUGGCCACUUGACAUGUCCUUUGAGCUCAGGUUCCUGCUGUGUCUGUCACCCGUUUUUCUGGCGUUGGGUGGGAAAGCGAAAGCAUCCCCUGCCCCGGUUGCUAGCUUGACCGCCUUCACAGGCCCAAGCACGCAGCGGACUGCCGUUCAUCCCUGUUAGGGCCAUGGCCUUGAUGCAUCGUUUUCAGGGAGUUUAGAGGGGCACUGUGACACCCCGCCUUUCUUCAGGAUCAGAUGUUAGCAGUUACCCCCGAGAGACACGGUGUCCCCUUGCCUUUCAGUUCAAGGUAAAGCCGUCGUUGAUUCACAUUUCCCUUUUCUGUACUGACUUUCCAUCUUGCAAAUCUCCAAAGCCGGGGGGAUGCUGGCUGUACCAGAGCUGUGAGUGAGGGGCUAUCCUUGAGAGGUAAUGCUCCCUACAGCAGCAUGUCCAGCUCUUCCUCCACAUGAUGGUGGGUUAGACGUGGAGAGCCGCCUCCAACCUUGUGUAGGUCAGGUCGGUAAACACCAGGGAGUGGAGGAGGGGGACUUCCUUGAAAUAUCUAGUGUGAAGGAUGUUUUCACUUGAGUUCCCUAAAGAUUCAUGAUCCUGGUAAUCACAAGGACACACACCCACACAAUUCAUAGUGUUUGAGAAUUAACGAGAAUAUAUUGUAAAAGGAGAAAUAGGACAGGUCAUCUUACUCAGGUUUGUACACUGAGCAAGCCUUCCUUCCUCCACCCUAGCUACAGAUGGCAGCCCUGAUGAUCUUACUGGAGGUUUGGGUCCCUUGACCUUUAGCAGAAGGUUGGGUUCCAGUUGAGCGGAGAGGCUUUCUCCUGUGAGAUGUAUCUUGUCUUAUUUUCUUUUUUUAAUUCAUUUAAGAGAGAGGCUUAAAAUACCUAAACUUUGCAAAUAUAUUCUGCAUCCACAAAAUUGGGCGGGGGUCCCUUUUGCUAGUCUCAUAUUCUGGUUUUAAGGGAAUCCUCAUAGGCCUGGAAAGGCUUAGAUCUAGUGCUAAAGUGCACAUACGCUGUAGAUCUAUUUUGUUUGGUGCCAGCCUAAUAGCUUCUACGUUCUGUGGAAACCUCUGGGAAAUGUUCAGCCUGAAACACUUGAGAAGAGACUGUAAAGCAUGUAGCCAGAAAGUGUCAGCUGACCUUUCAUUUCACGGGCAUUUUAAAGCUUUUCUAGAGGUUUGCAUUGUUUUCUCAAAAGCAUUUGUUGUUUGAGCUGCUCAUUUUGACAGGUAACUGUCAGUUAUUGCCUGCAUUGCUAGUCUCACCUUGAUUACUUCUGUAUGGGUUUAAGUGCUGGGAGCAUAACUUAUAAGUGUUUCUCUUGAGCACACACAUUGAUCCUCUGCCAGUUGAGAGGUGGGAACGACUGGUUUCUAAUUGUGGUUUGAAAGGAGGUUGAUUUGAUAAAUUGGAAAAUGUGGAACCUAUUCUAGUUGUAAAGCAAAAGCUCUCCCGGUUUAUUCUUGGUGCCCAGUGAACAUCUUUAUCUAACAAGUUACGUUCACACCAGAGAGCUGGACAAGGAGACCUGGACUGAAAUUUAAACUUACAUUGGUUGUCAGGACAGAAUCGACGGAGUUAUUUUAUUUUAAUAAUGGAGUUAAUGUCAGAGAACAUGAUGCUAACAGACCCUGUGUAGGGUGAAGAGAACUAGUAUGCAUGUUAUUUACACAUAUAGCCAUAGAUUAUUCUCAGGCAUUUUAAGGAAAAUAUUUUUCUCGUGGGUUUCACAUCUUUUUAUUUUUCGUCCUUACCUACCCUUUGUCAUUGCCCAGAAACCAGCAUUCCCGGAGUGGAAGGGGAAAGACAUAGAUAAAAGGGUGAAGGAGAAUGGAGUAAGCAGCCAGCAAUCCUCGCUGCACCAGAGUGCACAAACAUUAACCUAACAGAAAUGACACUCCUAAGGGCAGCGGGGUGAAGUCAGUGGAGCAUUUUGAUGGUAAAGAGGAUUUGGGCCCUAGCCAAUUUGGUUCAGUGGUUAGAGUGUCGGCCCUGGAACUGAAGGGUCGUGGCUUGAUUCUGGUCAAGGGCAUGGACCUCGGUUGUAGGCUCCACCAAUUGAUGGCUCACAUCGAUGUUGUCUCUCCCCCUUCCUUCCACUCUCUCUAAGAAUCAAUGGAAAAAAUACCUUCGGGUGAGGAUUAACAACAACAAAAAAGGUUUGGCCCAUACCCAGUGUCAUUCAGCGCUUAAAGAGAAAUAUUCAAAGGGAAUCCACACUGCCAGAGCGAAGGGGACCCCCAGGAAAGAACCAGAAGUGCAUAUCAUAAAUCCUGGAGUAAUUCCAGGCUGAAGAGAAGGACACUUUCCUAGUAGCAUCACUAGCUGGAUCUCAGUUAAAACUGAAGCUGGACUUACAACCUUUCUGAGAAAGCAGAUUUCCAGCUCAGUUUGAGUUUUCAUGUGGUUGACAAGUUUUUUAACGGGAGGAAAAAUAAAAUUUAGUGGUUAACAUUAUUCUUUUUUUUUUUACUCACCCACAUAAGUACUUAAUUGCAAAGGUUUCUCCCCCACCCUCAGAAUAGAAUGGAAUGAGAAAUUUGUUAGUUAACAGAUACCCUUAAACCAUCGCUAUUCUUAACCCAUGAACAGACCUCGGCUCUUUCCUUCUUACCAUGUCCUAGGAAUGUGACCUCUGAUGGCAAGAUCAGUAACCUGGAGACCAGCAUUGGUACUUUGGGCUCAUUUUUAAAUUUAAUUACAACUCUUAUCAAGUAUUUGAUCCCUCACUACCCCCUCCCCCCAUUCCCCCACUCCCUAGCCAGAUUUAUUUCAGGAAUGUGCUUGUCUGAGACCUAUAUGGCUGAUGUUUCUUAAGUCCAUCUUGUGACUUAAAAAGAAUCCUCAUGCACCUGGCGACCUGGGGGUGAACAGGGGCUUUGGGGCCAACGCGGCGGGCUCCCCAAGGAAACCCCUUUGAAACCAAUGGAUGCAUUCACGGGCUCGGGUCUCAAGAGGAAGUUUGAUGAUGUGGAUGUGGGCUCAUCAGUGUCCAACUCCGAUGAUGAGAUCUCCAGCAGUGACAGUGCCGACAGCUGCGACAGCCUCAAUCCUCCUACGACUGCCAGCUUCACCCCCACCUCCAUCCUGAAGCGGCAGAAGCAGCUACGGAGGAAGAAUGUGCGCUUUGACCAGGUGACUGUGUACUACUUCGCCCGGCGCCAGGGCUUCACCAGUGUGCCCAGCCAGGGGGGUAGCUCCCUGGGCAUGGCCCAGCGCCAUAACUCCGUGCGCAGCUACACGCUCUGCGAGUUUGCUCAAGAGCAGGAGGUGAACCAUCGGGAGAUUCUCCGUGAGCACCUGAAGGAGGAGAAACUCCACGCCAAGAAGAUGAAGCUGACCAAGAAUGGGACAGUGGAGUCAGUGGAGGCCGACGGCCUGACACUGGACGAUGUUUCCGACGAAGACAUCGAUGUGGAAAAUGUGGAGGUGGACGAUUACUUCUUCCUACAGCCCCUGCCCACCAAACGGCGACGGGCCCUGCUCCGGGCCUCCGGGGUCCACCGCAUUGAUGCCGAAGAGAAGCAGGAACUUCGAGCCAUCCGCCUGUCACGGGAAGAGUGUGGGUGUGACUGUCGGCUGUACUGUGACCCGGAAGCGUGUGCCUGUAGCCAGGCUGGGAUUAAAUGCCAGGUGGAUCGCAUGUCCUUUCCAUGUGGCUGCUCCCGGGAUGGCUGUGGGAACAUGGCUGGGCGCAUCGAAUUUAAUCCGAUCAGAGUUCGGACGCAUUACCUCCACACCAUCAUGAAGCUGGAGCUGGAGAGCAAGCGGCAGGUGAGCCGCCCGCCCGCCCCAGAGGAGGAGCCCUCGCCCACCGCCAGCGGCAGCCCGACAGGAGCCCAGGGCUCCGAGACACAGGACUUCCAGGAGUUCAUUGCUGAGAAUGAGACUGCAGUGAUGCACCUACAGAGUGCGGAGGAACUGGAGCGGCUCAAGGCAGAGGAAGACUCCAGUGGCUCUAGUGCCAGCAUGGACUCCAGCAUAGAGAGCCUGGGCGUGUGUAUCCUGGAGGAGCCCCUGGCUGUUCCUGAGGAGCUGUGCCCAGGCCUGACGGCUCCCAUUCUCAUCCAGGCUCAGCUGACCCCAGGCUCCUCCGUCCUGUGUUUUGCUGAGAACGCGGACCACCCAACUGCCUCAGCAGCGACCAGCCCAUCCUACUUGAACAGCGGGCCCCUGGUCUAUUACCAGGUGGAGCAGAGGCCAGUCCUGGGGGUGAAAGGAGAGCCUAGUCCAGGAGAAGCCCCACCCUCUCCCCCCAAGGAGAAGGAUCUCAAUGUCUUCUCUGUCCCUGUUACCUCACUGGUGGCUUGUAGCCCCACAGACCCAGCCCUGUGUCAACCAGAGGCAGGGAAAGCAUCCACUCUAGAAGCACUGGUGCCCGAAGAUUGUAUCCCUGAGGAGCGGGAGAAUGAAGACUUCCGCCCCUCGUGGUUGCCCUCAAACCUCCCCUUCGGCACGGACAGCGAAGAGGGCUGUGGGGUAGAGAAGACCUCACAGCCCAGCGAGGACCGGCCCCCUGAAGAUUCGUCCCUGGACCUCCCUCUGGCAGUGUGAUGCGGGCAUGCAGAUUCUGCCUCUUACCCGUUCUCUAUUUAUUCCCUUAUUUUAUCUAACACCAUUUCAGAACAAAACCGUAGAAGCAGCUGCUGCUCCCAUGUUAUUUUAUUGGGGUCUUUGGGGGGGCGGGUGGGAAAGGAUUGUUUAUACAGUAUUUUUUAAAGGUAAACAGAACCAAGGAGACCAGCCCCAGCUUGGUCUGGGGACAUUCUUGGGGCAGAGAAGGCCACACAGUGCUGAAUACUGUUUUCUGGGCCAUUGGAACAAAGAACUAGGAUCUCAUAGGAGACACUAGGUAAUUCAAGCAGCUAUUCUUUUCACAGGGAUCAGAAUACAUAAUUUGAACAGCACGGCAAAGCCCCUCUCCUAAGCUCCAGGCGGAUACAAGCUCCUUUUUCUCAGUGGUUACUGAUAUCCCAUUUUGGUGUGUUAUCCAGUUGGAAAUGUCACCUGGAGAGGAGGGGGGAGAAGGGUCUCCACUUCUGUACAAAACCAGGAUUUUAAAAAAUUUAACCUGCCUUCCCCAACCCCCUAUUUGGUAAAUAAGUUAAUAUUUGACAUGUUUGGUGUUCUCUGACCUGUUCCCCACACUGGGGAUUCCUGGUCUGUAACUUGAAUUAUUUCUUUCUCAUGUUCUUAGGUACUAGAGUUUAACUUGUCUGUCUCCCUACCCCCCGCCCCGCCACACACACCCCCCUCCCUUUGAAGAAAAAGAGCUAUAUUGGCUGGGGAUGUGGUAUAAAGAGCUUGUGUCUUCUGUGUGCGUCCGACAGUAGCUGUCGGGCAGCUCUAGGCUGAGCUCACACGUCCCAUGUGAGGCACAUGGAGCGUGAAGUGUGUCCAAAGGAGGCAGCAGGAAGUUUGCUGUCUGGAAAGAUGAGGACUUCGUGCCAUGCUUACGGUCACCCAGGUGUUCCCCCCCCCCCCCCCCCUUGGGGAGAUUUGAGCUUUAAAGGAAUAUAGGAUGUGGCAUUCUAAGGUCACCAGGUUUUUUUUUGUUUUUUGUUUCUAUAUCCUUGGUGGUCCUUGGAUAUACAGGGUUGGAGAGUUCUUUUACUAUUCUAGUUCACUCCCAAGAAUUGCAAAUAUUAGACUGCUCCAUCUUGAUAUCUGAAAAUCAGAAGUCAAAUCAAUUGCUAAAUGUUACAUAUAACUCCCAGGUUCCAAAGAAGUCAAGUUCUGAUGAUAAAGCUUUGAGGUCUAGAGCAGGACUCCAGUUCAGUUCUUGCCUCCAUCUGGGGACUCCUUCCUUUUCCUCUCGUGUCCACCUAUGUUCCUGGAUGUGCUCCAUUGACCACCACUGAAUUCACGAGCAAAGUUGUCCCUGUCUCUGUUUUAAAGUGGCGGCAGCAGGAAACAGCACCCUGGCAUCCCUUACGCCAUGCUUUGCCUCUGGUAUGGUUUAUUAACCAGGAAAGAACAAAGUGAAAAUGUUUUUGGUGGGGGAGAUAACUAUUCUUACUUAUCUCCAUCAUAAAGCCUUCUCUUGUGGGAUAUUAUAGCCCUGGUGUCUUAAAGCAACCUUCAUGUAUAUCAGCGUUUUACCUAUAAAAUCACUAAACUGAGCCUACUAGGCCUUUUACUUAAUAGAUACAUCUGUGACCCAUUCUUCCUCCCGUUGGUUUUUUGCAGGGUUUGGAGAGUUCUUCAGUAUAUAGGUCCUUAGCACUCUCCAGACUCAUAAGACAGAGUUGAGAGUCUUAGGUACUGAGAUCUAGAUGCUGUCCCAAGCUGAGCUGCUGCACUCCCUUAGACUGGUCCCCUCAAAUACAAGACUGAAGCUUAACUGGGAAUAGGACUCAAUGGAGAAGAAUCUUUCUGAAAGUUUGUGUUGAAAGGGGAGGGUGAGCAUUGUACAUUCCCUCCUUAGGAAGAAUUCCUAAUCUAAGAAGUGAUUCCAGGUGCUCAAUAAGAGACACAUUAUUAGCCUUUGGGAUCAAAACAAGAAUUUGAAUCUAUUAAACUCAUUGCCAACCCCCAAAAUUAUGAUUUUUCUGAAGAAACUAGUUUCUUAAUCUAAAUUUUACAUUAACCCUAUAAUUGAUUCACACUGAUCCCAAGCUUUUAAAUGCUAAGUGUCGGCAUUUAGCAUUAACUGUCUUGUUAAGCAAAGGGCCUUUUCUACAAUCUCGUCCAUCUCAUUUCUGGUGCUACUCGAGUUGGACACAAUUAGAGCUCAUGGUUGCUAGAAAAGCUAGGCCUCUGAUCACAGAAGCAGAUAGCUUCAACCCCACUCAGUCCAGGCCUAGAUAAAAGAAAUUACUUUUUAUCGCAACUCAUUCCUUUCUCACUGUAUACAGGUAGUAUUUUCAAUGUGAAUCCAAAGCUUGUCUGGUUCUCUGGAAACAAAUUUUUUUUUUUUUUUUGCCUUUCAGGUCCUUCACAUUGUGAUAAUGUUGUAUUUAAAGAGACUAUUUAAAUGUAAUAUUAAAGAAAUAUUCAAAAGAAUGGUGUGUUACUCUUGAUCUUGGCAGACCACAAUCCAGUUACUUGUUAGAAAAAGGAUGCCUCUCCAGCCUUAUAAAAUUAAUUAGGUCAGUUAGGGAUUAAUGUCAACAACAGAGGUGUUUUAUGAUGGAAAAACAGAAUGUUCUCUUUGGAGCAUCAAGAGCUUGACUUGCCUCCUAUGCGCUUAUGCACCUCAUUGGCUGAAACAGCCUUCAUCCUGCCCUGCUGAAGCUUUCCCUGUCUGUAGUCCCCACUCUAAUUUCUAAUUUCAUUACUUUCUAUGUGUAUGUACAAUUUCCUAUUCCUAGUUAGCAUUUAAAAUCCAGCAAGAGGAUCAACUCAAAUCAGUUCAUAACUUCCAUCCCAUCAGAAAGUUCUAUUCCAACCAAUUCUCUCCCCAAAAGUCAGGUUAUGAGUCUUGUAAAGGAGCCUUAGCAAAAUGAUUAAAGUAUGCAUAAGUGAAUUGCCAGCCACUGAUUUCAGACAGUCUUUACUUGGGUUAAAAACGGCUUCAUGCAUUUACAGUAAGUUACUACAGGCCACUGAUGUACCUUCACAGACAAAAGCUAAGCCCAACCUACUAUCUUGAUGCAGAUCUCCUGGUUUCCUGGGCGGGUUAGUAUGGUACAGGUUUGAUCCAUGGCCAAAGGCAGCCAUUUUCAGUUAAAGUUGGAUGGCUGCAACACAAUGGAGGUAGCGAAGAGUUUAAGAUCCACAGGUUGUGGCACAGACCAGAAAGUAAGACAAGGGUGUGAAGGCUAUAAAUAUUGGGUAAGCAGUCAAGAAGGACUUGUAGUUCCGUGUAUCUUGUCCAUUAGAAUGUUCCCAUACGUUAUUCACUAAAAAAAAGUAAUGGUGGUAAAAGGAUUUGAAAAGGAAAGAGGUUAACCCACUGAGGGGGACAAAAAAAUUCCUAUUUUUGGUCAUCUCAGGGUUGAGGGGAGCAUCAUAGUGCAUGCAUGUAAGUGCUCUAGUUUAAGUAGUGCUGUUCCCCUCACCGGCCAGAAAAUGGCUUGAACAAAAACAGCUCAAAAGACUAUGGCAGUGAAUAAGUCCUAGGCCAAAUGAGGAUUCCCACCUGGGCCGAAGCUCACUUCCCAGAAUCUGAAAUUAGCAUAUUACAGUAACAGCCUAGUACAGUGGCUGCUUCCAGUGUCAGUUAAUUCCAAGGAAGUUGGGAUGAAGCUCCCAAGGGCUACCCCUGGUAAGAGGUUUGUUUCAGUUCCAGCUCCCACGAGUGUACACACUGAAGCUUGUGGCACCAGCUCCUCGGUCUCACAGGCUAACAGGGCACCCAGACUGCCGACAGUGCUGUUUGGUCCCACGCUGCUGGACUGUGACGGCAGGACAAUGCCAUCGCUCCAUGCUCACUCAGCGCCUUGUCCCAAUGUAGUUGGUGGAAAGCAGGACCACGUUGUGUAGCAAAAGAGACAGCUCAGUUUCUGAAAACACCAUCAGUGUUAAUGGUUUAGCCAGGGAACAGUCUGCCUUCUAACUGCCUUGGUUUACAGGUGUUGAAAUUGGAGGUGGGAAGCCCAGUGCAGGGAAGUAUGACGUUAAGGGGCUGUUGUUCUCAAGUUCCCCUUCUUCAUCCAGUAUCUGCAUGUAUGCUUUUCUUUCCUUCCACCACAUAUGCCUACCUACUCAUCCUCAUUUCUGGACUCUCCUGUGACAGCAGUAGAAAAUGCAGAGAUAGUAAUGGUACUAAACAUCACUGCCACCCUUGGGGUUCUUCUGGUAGAAGCUGGUGCUCUGGGGACAUUUCUCAGCUCUACGGAGAUUAGCAGGCCUACCCUCAUAUUCACAGGCUUAAAAAACAUCAAGGCCUACCUAGCCAAAGGUUCCAAACAGGGGGCCCACCAGCCUAAUAACUACGCUUAGAAACUUUCUGAUCAGCCAGCUGAGCGGUUUUGUUUUUAUUUUGAAUUUAAACUAGUACUUCUCAACUAGGACAAUUUGGCUCUCCCCUCAACUGGGACAACUGGCAAUGUCUGGAGACACUUUGGAUUGUCAGAACUGGGGCGAGGGGGUACUGCUGGCAUCCAAUGGCUAUAGGCCAGGAAUGUUGCUAAACAUCCUAUAAUGCCCAGGACAACCCUCAGGAUAAAGUUUCAAUAAGGCCAAGGUUGAGAAACUGCUUUAGACAAGCAUGUGCUCAUGCCCGUGCUCCCACAAUCCCCACUACUCACUCCAUCUUGCAUGGUCCACUUCGUGACCUGCUUGUAGGCUAAUGAGUCUGUGCCUUUCAUUUAGACAUACAGGUAGAUAAGGGUCUCAAUAAUUAACUCCAAAAUAAUCUUAGAAUAAAAUACAAAAAUGACUUGGAUUUUGGUUAUGCAAUAGGGGUUUGUCUAACCUUUCAGGUUGCAGGAAAUCUGCAGCCAUUCUGCCAGCCAAGUUCGACACCGCUCUUCAGCAAUAAGGGUAGAAUUCAAGCCACGAAGAUAACAAGCCUGUAACACUCAGAAGAGAAAGGUCCUUAAUAAUCAGAGCGAGUAUGCCAAGGAAGUGUAAACCUACAACCCCAAAUCUCCUUUAAAUUAAGUUACAACCUCAUCCCAAGAGAAUGGCAUUCUCCAUAGCAAUCUGAACUAUGAUGACAAGCAAAGAGGCCUAUAUAAUCUAAAACAGUAGGUCUAAAGUAGAAUGCCUUUUUUUUUUUAAUCCUCACCCAAGGAUAUUUUCUCCAUUGAGUAUUUUAGAGAGUGGAAGGGAGGAAGUGGACGGGAGAGAAAGAGAAACAUUGACGUGAGAGACACAUCAGUUGGCUGCCUUCUGCACGCGCCCCGACCUGGGCUGGGGAUUGAGGCUGCAAACAAGGUAUGUGCCUUCAGUCCAUGGGCCGGUGCUCUAACCACUAAGCAAAAUCGGCCAGGACUAACGUCCUUGGUUUUUGGUGUUUUUUUU